AAAGACUCCGCUUCUUUUUUUCUGUGAUGAAGUUACUGGGUCUCUGCUGUUGCCCAGUAUCGCCGGUCGGCUUUUCCAGCUCCUCCUUAAUCACGACAGUCACGAGCAUGAGAAAUGUCACUAUAACGUUGCUGUGGAUAGACUCAACAUGCUGGAAUACAAAUUAAAGUAGAAAUGCAGUCCAUUCGCCCAGGGGAAAUAAAAGGCGCCUUACUGGCGUGUCCCCGCGUGUCUUUGCUCAGGUUGUCGAGGUGCAUCAGGAAAGCGCCUGCUUGGAAGACCACCUUCGCCAUUGCCGUUGCAUGCUUUAUUUACUUGUUUUUUGUUGUUUCCCGGCUGGGAGAAGUUGCGUCCCGGGACAAGCAUAAGUACCGGAGGAAGACGGGAGCCAGCAGGUUAGAACCGGAUCUGCGGGAGGCGGCAGACUUUUCGACGGCGCAGAAUGCGGACUUAUACGGCGCCACCCCGAAAUCCAACGUGGUCUAUAUCACACUUAAAGCUAAGCGUGAGAAGCCGGCACUUCUCAGGGGCACAGUGCGGCCAGAAUCAAGGAAGAAAAUCACUGCGAUUGACAACCACAUCCAGCAUGAUGCGUUCAACGCUUUUGACAAAACCAAUGAAGAUGAAUGGAAACCGAGAACUGCCCAGGACAAUGAGAUACAUAUGAUACCAGGAAUAAACAUCCACUAUACAUUGAAGAACAAUGGACAUGAAGACAGUCCUAAGGGAGCGCAUCAUAGCUAUAUCAGGAUAUACAGCGAGAGAGCGCCGCCUUGGUUCAGUAAGGAAGACAUGCAUGCGCUGCGCUUCCUCGCCGACAGUAGAAUAAUCGGCAUUAAGGAGGUUUCAUCCGGUUUGCUGUUGUUUGAAGGCGCGACAGGUGGCACUUUAAGGUCCCCAGAUAAGGUUGUGUGGAUCCAAGGCGGUCCCGUCUGCCAAGGGCGCUGUGGGUUGCUCAAAAGAGCCGUGGAUAUGAGCGAGGUGUUCGCCUUUCAUUUAGACCGGAUCCUGGGUCUGAACCGGAGCAUCCCGACUGUCUGCAGGAGGAUCGGCUUCUCUAGAGAUGGUGACCAAAGCCCCGCCGUUCUGUGGGACUCCUCGCUGGCCCCCACAGACGGUGAGUCCCACUCCUCCAUCAGGCUUACCUGGGGGGCUUAUCAGCGCUCACUCAAGCAUAAGUGUUGGCACAGGGGCAUCACACCCAGAGCGGAGUGGGGGUGCACCAGCAUCCAUCACUACGAGUGGAGCAAACUCGCCCUUUUCGACUUCCUGUUACAGAUCUAUAACCGGCUGGACAGAAACUGCUGCGGGUUCAAGCCGCAGCAGGAGGAUCGGUGCGUGGAGCUCGGGCAUCAUCUGCAUUGUGCUGAGCAGGACAACAUCAGCUUGGUGCACAUCGUCCACAGAAUGCACGACACCAGGCGUCUAGUCUUCAUCGACAACGAAGGCUAUUUUGACCGAAACGAAGACAAUCUGGAUUUUAAACUGUUGGACGGAAUAAAAGAGUUACCGGAGCAGGCCGUGAGCGUGCUGCAGAGCCAGCGUCUACGCGAGAGGCUGCUCCAGUCGCUGUUCCUGGAUCAGAUGUACUGGGAGAGCCAGGGAGGCCGGCAGGGAGUGGAGAAGCUCAUUGAUGUGAUCGAGAGACGGGCCGAGGUCCUCCUGACGUACAUCAACGCACACGGGAUCAAAGUGGUGGCCAUGGAUGAGUGACCCGAGCUGGGAUGCGAACCAAUGUCCUUCUGAUGUAGUUAAACAAAUGACCAGAUCUGAAAGUCUCAGUCCUUCAGCAGAAUACUGCAGCAGACUUGCGGGGUGUAACAAUGGCACCAUGCAAGGUUUCAGCUUCGCGAGCAAACAACAGAGCUCACGCGUCAAACCUCUGACUCACUGCUUUUUUGGAAACAAAAGCUUAUACCAGACUGCCUUCUGACACGCUCGCAGACUGCCUUCUGACACGCUCGCAGACUGCCUCUGUAAAGACCCACUGGAUCAUUUCUAUGGCUCUGACGGGGACACAGUGACAAGGGCGAGUCUCCCUCACCACCCUACCGAACCUUUUAGUAACAAAUAUGCAUACAUACAUAUGCUUACAUAGCGAACUACAGAUCUGAUGGCUGCAAUGAAUGUGCAGCAGAAAAAUAUGUUUAUAUUUCACUUGUAUAUAUAUGAUGUCGCUAUUUAUUAUAAGAGUACAGAUGAAAACACUGUAAUUAGGAUCAUUAGUAUUACUGACUAGAGAGUUUAUAGGAAGGAUAAAACAUCCAUGCAAAGCCAGCAGAAUUUUUUUAAGCCGGGACCAUGAAUGUUGCCAUGAUCCGCGACUGGGGAGAUGGUGAUGGUAUUUGUGGAUGGAUGGAUGGAUGGAUGAUUGUUUUGUGCUGGCAUAUUUUUGAUUUUCCAUUUUGAAAUAUAACUUUGCAAAUAUGGUUAAUCAGUAUUUGUUAUCAUGUUAUUGUACAGUAUAUGUUUCAGAAGUUUUCUAAUUGUAGUUAGACUCAUGCAGGCAUUAAAAAAAGCUUUGUGAAA